UAUUCCACUCGUCGAUGGGGGGCAGCAGAGCUCUAAAAACGUCAGAGUCUCAGACUGGUGGUUCUAGUGGUAGAGAACACAACAGAAACUCAAAAACAGGUUGUUUGCGUGUGAACAGUAGGAAGAUGGACACUGAUGUGAAGGUGCCCCUGAGCAGAAGGCAGAGUGAUCAGGCCAGCAGCAGUGGUGCCAGCAGACAGAAACAUAAACAGACUAAACCAGCAUACAUUUGGUCUCAUGAGGAAGUGAUGAGAUGGUUCAAGAAGCAUUGUGCAGACUACUACAGGAAGUACGCAGAGGCUUUUACCUUCCAUGAAAUUACAGGCCAGUCCUUGAUGCGGCUGACUGAUGAGAAGUUAGAGAGGAUGGGGAUCACAGACGAGCAGCACAGAGCAGACCUGAUGGGACAUCUGUACAGACUCAAGCUCAGGCAUGAGGGCAUGGAGCUCAGGGCACUGGAGAAAGGUCCAGGUCUGUGCUAUAGCGGGUAAGAAAAGCAUGUGUCCAUGAUAUUAUAAAUGUGUAUAAGCAUAUUACAACAAGAAAAGUUUGUUGGUCAGAUGCAUAUUCUUGAAAAGCAAGGUUUAGGUUACUUAAGGCCAGUAGUGCUUUUUGAAUAGGUAAAUUGGUUCACUUGCAAGAAUAUAGGAAAGACUAAGAAGCAUUUCAGAUAUUGAGAUAUUGCUGUUGUGAACAUUCUGCAAUGCAACAGUAAUAAUUAAUAAAUGUAGAUGCGGGUAAAGAAAAUAUUUUAUUCAUAGACAAGGAGACCACUUUUAUUUAUGUCAUUCAAUUUAUGGACAACCAGGGCCUGUCUUUAGAAUUAUUUUGUGUCAGACCUGUGUAUAUGACAACAUAGUUUAGCACCAUUUUAUUCUACACAAGCUCUAUAAGUGAGUGAAACAUGAUUGAAAGACUAAAAAAAGUAAAGACAGGUUAAUAAUCAUGGCUAGCAGCUGAGCAGUUUACAAAGCUAAAUAUCAAUCUGUUAAGUAAGUAAUAAUCAGUCAUUUAAAUCUCUCUCUAGCAGCUUUCAGCAACAAAAAUAUAUCUAAUACGAUAUACUUAAUAUGUGUAAUAUGACAUGCUACAGUUGGAAGCCUUUAAUCGUGAGAUGUUUGUUACGAGAUGUGAAUAAUUUUGAUUUUGCUUCUAACUUUUAUUAUAUGUGAUUUGAAUAUAAUGUUAUUACAACAUAUAUGUACAACUACUAUUGAUUGGUGAAGGAGAAAGAUUAUACUUGACAAAAUAUUAAAAUGUGUCUGUACAGUA